AUGACACUGGCGACAUACUUUCCAACAGCAACGGCCCAGCUCCCAGCAGUGGACAAGGGAUAUGCGGUUCCAAAGGACACGGACGUGCGAGCGGUAGCUACAAAGGCCGUGGACGACCUCGCCUCGGCGGCGGAGAAGGCCGACGCCAACGCCUUUGCCGCCCUGUUCGACGCGACGGGCUUCUGGCGCGACGUGCUCGCCUUCACGCGCGACUUGAGGGCGUUCCCUGCUGACAAGAUCAAGGAGGUGGCUGAGGACGUGCUCGCUCCCAACUCCCCGCGCAACUUUACCAUCCUCUCGACGUCCGACGUCGGCGGCGAAGACCCCGUGCUGGAGACGCCGUUCCCCGACUUUAGCUGGAUCAGAGUGCAUUUCGACUUUGAAACAUCUGUGGGGCACGCCUCGGGUCUGCUCCGGCUCGUGUACAACGAGCGGGUUGGCGCGUGGAAGAUCUACACGCUCUACACCAGCCUCGACGACAUUCACGGCUGGCCGCAGCGGCUAGGCCAGCACCGCAUCCUCGGACGGCACAACGAUCACCUGACGUACGCCGAACGCCGGGCGGAGGAGAGCGAGUUCAAGGACUCUGACCCCGACGUCCUCGUCAUCGGCGCGGGACAUAAUGGCCUGUCGGUGGCCGCCGUGCUGCAGUCGUACGGCCUGUCAGCGCUCGCCAUCGACCGCGAGGACCAGAUCGGGGAUAACUGGCGCAACCGCUACUCCUCGCUGUCACUCCACGACCCUGUGCACACCAAUCACCUCUCGUUUAUGAACUUCCCCAAGACAUGGCCCACCUUCACUCCAGCAGGCAAGCUCGCCAACUGGCUGGAGCAGUAUGCGGACGCGCUCGAGCUGAAUGUGUGGUUGCGAUCGACGCUCGAUCCCAACCGCACGCGAUGGAACGAAAGCAAUGGCAAGUGGGAGGUGACUGUGGUCCGGACGCUGGCCGAUGGCAGCAAGGAAGAGCGCCCAUUGAGUGUGUCGCAUAUCGUCAUGUCCACUGGGCUGCUGGGAGGAAAGCCCAAGCUGCCCCCGCCGUUCCCGGGUCAGGACAGCUUCACGGGUACGAUUGCCCACUCGUCGGCGCAUAGUGGGGGCGCCGCAUGGGCAGGCAAGCGUGCACUCGUCGUCGGCGCCGCGACAUCAGGCCACGAUAUCGCGUUCGACCUGGUCAACAACGGCGCCGAGGUGACGAUGCUGCAGCGAACGCCGACGUUCAUCAUGUCGAUCAAGAACGGUCGCGCGAGUCUCGAAGGCGGGAUCUUCAACGAGGCGAAUGUGGAAAGAUUCGGCAUCGAGACGCUGGAUCGCAUCGCCAACUCGUUUCCCAGGGCCGUCGUCAAGGAGCUGCACAAGCGUACCAUAUCAUGGCUUGCUGAUGUCGACUCGGAGCUGCUCGACGGGCUCAAGAAGGCGGGCUUUAAGACGACUCCUGGACCAGAGGGCGCGGGGUGGCUCUUCCUGGGGUGCAAGAAGGGUGGAGGAUACUACUUCUCGACUGGCGCAUCGGAGCAGAUUGCCAACGGCAAGAUCAAGGUGCAGCAGGGCGAGAUCGCGUCGAUGGGCCCCGGCAAGGUCGUCAAGUUCACCGACGGCACCGAGGCAGAGUACGACCUCGUGGUCUUGGCGACAGGCUACACCGGCUUCCCCGACUCGGUGCGCGAGCUGCUCGGCGAGCACGCGGCAUCCCAGCUCGGCCAGGUGUGGGGCAUGGACGACGAGGGAGAGCUGUACGGCGUCGCGCGCCCGGCCGGCAUCCCAAAUGUGUUCUUUAAUAUCGCCAACCUGGGGUCGAGCCGCACGUUCUCCAAGAUUAUCGCGGUGCAGGUACUUGGUCAGCGCGAGGGGGUGUGGUCCGAGCCGUACAAGCGUGGCGAGGACACGCGGGAGUGA